CAAUCGACCAUGAAGAAAGGAUUAGUGCUUGGAGUAUACGAGACAGAAGGCCAAGAUGGUGUUCAGCUAACACCUGCAGCUGUACAAUAUAACAAACUUGUGAAUGGAAAGUUACUGGAAAACAUUUCUCUGAAAGGAUAGGCUGUGUUGGCGUUUACCCAAAAAAAAAAUGAGCUACGUCGAUUCCUUAUCGGAUCAAGAAUUAAAACAAAUAGUAAAAUUUUCAUAAUUGCUCGACAUUUCACUUCGUUAUAUCAAAUUUUUCACGAAUCGUUCGAUUCGACAUCUCUGCACAACUGUUAGAGAUCAAAUAAGAAGAUACAAAGCACACUCACUCCAAAUUCACUGUAAGCGAUAGAUAUUAGGCUCUAUUGUAUUGUUUAAGAGCAGAAUACAACAAUGUCUGUUGGUGGCAGUGGCGAACUUGAAAACAGCGGUGUGGGUGUUAGCUCAGGUAAUGAGGGUUCGCCAUUAACCACUAAUCGAGGUGCACGGAGUGUUAAACGUUUAUUGCACUCUGCGAGUAUACUCCACGGUAUCAGCGGUACCCUUGAAGACAAAAAUAACGAUUAUCUAUGUCCCAUAUGUUUCGAAGUGAUAAAUGAAGCACACAUCACUCGAUGCGGUCACACAUUUUGCUACCAAUGUAUUACCAACUCGCUCGAAGCCAAUGGGCGCUGCCCGAAAUGUAGUUUCACACUGACCCAGCAGGACAUAUUUCCGAAUUUCGUAUUGAACGAGUUGAUCUCAAAGUAUAAAACGCGAAUGAAAGGCCUUGCCGAUUUGGGAGGUGGGACAGGAAGUAAUAGAGUUGGAGGUAUAUCUGGAACAGAAAUCGAUAUGCUUGUUCCAGUAUGUGAUGGACUGAGAGACUUUGUAGCAGCAGAAAGUGCUAAUUUAACUUUACCAGAUGUAAAUGUAAUGCUGGAGGUUCUUACGCAAAGGAAAAAUUUACUCGAAGCUGAAUCCUGUGCGACUCAAAAUAAAUUGCUUCAUGAAUUUCUGAGACACUUGCUCAGGCACAAAGAGGAGCAAAGAAUUCAGUUGGUGAAGGAAGUCGCUUUGAUCAAGCGUGACAUGGAGGAAGUUGAAAAUAUUUUAAAAGAAGUUCAAAGCAAAUGCCCUCGUGUUGAGGAUUUGAAAAGAUCUAGCGAAACUGAUACUGCACAAGUUUCGGCUAUCAAGCAAGAAAUGAUAGAGCUAAUCGAUAUCAUAGACUCAAACAUGGUCAAGACCGGAGACCCAAAUCCACCAGGUUUAAGCAGUAACGAUCUUUUUGCUUCAACAAUGACACAGAAACAAAAUAACUAUGCCGCUUCAACUCUGGCAAUUCGCCGGAAGAGAAUGCAUGCACAUUUUGACGAUUUUGUUCAAUGUUACAUUGACUCUCGUGCCAAAGAUCUACUUUUUGGACAGUCACCAAAGGUCCCCCACCAAACAGAAACGGAACCAGGCACCAGUUCUGGAUUAGAUGUAUUCAGGGAAAAUUUAGUCAAAUUUUUAAGGUAUAACUCUCUGCAAACAUUAGCUACAUUGAAUUAUUCAUCGGAUAUGUUUAAUAACUCUACCAUCGUAUCAAGUAUAGAGUUUGACAAAGAUAAUGAAUUCUUUGCUAUCGCUGGUGUCACAAAACGCAUCAAAGUGUUUGAUUACGGAGCAGUGAUACGAGAUACUGUUGAUAUUCAUUAUCCGUGCACUGAAAUGAUAUGUAGUUCAAAGAUAUCGUGCAUCUCGUGGAAUUCCUAUCAUAAAGGAAUGUUGGCUUCUUCAGAUUACGAGGGAACAGUUACUGUAUGGGAUGCUAUAACUGGUCAACGUACGAAAUUAUUUCAAGAACAUGAGAAACGUUGUUGGUCCGUUGACUUCAACGAUGUUGACACAAGGCUGAUAGCUUCAGGAUCAGAUGAUGCAAGGGUUAAAUUAUGGUCUCUCAACACUGACCACUCUGUAGCUUCACUUGAGGCUAAGGCAAAUGUUUGCUGUGUUAAAUUUAAUCCAAAAAGCUCUUGCCAUUUAGCGUUUGGAUCAGCGGAUCAUUGCGUGCAUUAUUAUGAUUUGCGCAACAUGAAAGAAGCAUUAUGUGUAUUUAAAGGCCAUCGCAAAGCUGUUUCCUAUGUUAAAUUCGUAAACAAAGAAGAAAUUGUUUCUGCAAGUACAGAUUCUCAGUUGAAAAUGUGGAACAUCGAUAACCCCCACUGCCUUCGGUCUUUUGUGGGUCACAUAAACGAGAAGAACUUUGUUGGCCUAGCAACUGACGGUGAUUAUGUCGCGUGUGGGUCAGAAAAUAAUGCACUCUAUAUUUAUUACAAGGGAUUAACGAAGCAAUUGUUCUCCAGUAAGUUUGAUGCUGCGAGAAGUGUUUUAGAGUUGCAAGAAAAAAAGGAGGAAGAACUUAAUGAAUUUGUAUCAGCUGUCUGUUGGAGACAAAUGUCUAAUGUUGUAGUAGCAGCUAAUUCUCAGGGUAUUAUUAAAGUUUUGGAACUUGUUUGAACAUAAUUGAAAGAAACAAAAGAUUGAAAGUAAUUACUUAACGCAUUUUUAUGGAUCAAGUCAGUGAAACAUUGCUAAUAAAGUAAUUUGAAUAAAACGGAAAUAUACUAAAAGAUCAUUAAACUGCAUACCAGUGAUAUUUGUUAUCUGGAUGCUGAAUGAUUUGAUCCAACAAAAAAAUAUUGCACAAAUUUAAUUUACUGUAAUUAUACCGCAUGUACCUACUGUAUAUAUGUAUAGGAUUUCAGAAUGUAUUUCACAUUUUAUUUCGUAUUCGUGAUGAAUUUUGUGCACUUUUUAUCCUGGCAUGAAUUAUCACGCACACAAUGUGCUGACACAGUUACAGUGUGCUGACGAUUUUACAUCGUUAGUGAAAAGACUUCAAGUCUUAUUAGCACGCACAAUAAUUGUAUUACUGGUCUUGGAACACCAUGGACAAAGGAGCAUUAUAGAAUUAGAAUAUUGUUAUAGCAUUAAUGAAUUUACUUCACCGGGUACCUAAUAACUCUACAUAUUUUGCAUAUUAUUCAAUACUAGAAUGCCACUAGUUGUUGUUUUAAAAGUUAUCGUAAAUGAUCAUAAUGAAAGAAAAAAGUAUUCAAUACUGAUGUUUAUGGAAAGUCACAGGUAUGUCUGUGAAAAAAUCAUUCAGACUGAUUUAAAUGAGUAAAAA